CUAAUUGGUCAUAUCACCAAGACAUUAUACACUGACGAAAUAAACUGUGGAUUCACAUGCCUUCAAGAUGAAAAAUGCCUAUCUUACAACAGCAAAUCCGAUGCUAAUGAUGUAAAGAAGGAAUGUCAACUGAGUAACCAAACCGAAAAAUCAAGUCCGGAAAACUUGAGGCGUAACCCACGUUCUACUUAUUAUGGAAGAGGUACUGUUGAGUAAGGUGCUUAAAAUGAUGGAAAAGCUAGUGGAGGUGGGAGGGGGGGUAUUAAGGGUCGGAGUAUUUUGGUUGUCACCAUAAAAAUCACAAUAAAGUUUUCCUGAUCCUUCCAUAACGUUCCGAAUUAUUCUAUCGAUCUACCUCAUUGGCCGCCAAUUUUCUUUAGUCCCACCUUUAAACUCUGUUAGCGACGACUGCUCCCCCUUCCGUUUCCUUUGAAAACCAUGAGAUGCCCCCUCCCACCCCUCCCACCCCCUCUUUCCAAGCGAAAAAGUAGUAACCUAUUUCUAACUUCUGGUCAGCGUAUGUAUAACAUAGCAUGUAUAACCUUUCCUGAGAGAAUAUGAAGUUUAAAAUCUCUUGCUUUUCCUUAUAAUGAUAGGUUUUCCAUUUUCUUAGUUUGAAUUGAAAGAUGCUAUGGAUCCUACAAAAGAAGAUUUCCAAAAUCAUGAGCUAUCUAAUAAUUACGCGAAAGGAAUUACUUAUGGAAUAAGACCUCUGUGGCGUGUUUUGUUUCUUGUUUUGAUCCUCUCAUCGUUCCAAAUGAUUAUUCUUCACUUUUCCUAUGCAGAUAAAAGAGGUUGGGAUUCUGCUCAUCCGGCCUUCUCCUGUAAAGAAAUUCUGGACUCUAGACACUCCAAAGGAGACGGGAAGUAUUGGAUCGACCCAGAGAAGAGUGGAAACCCUUUGAAGGUCUAUUGUGACAUGUCAACAUAUGGUGGUAAGAGAAUGGAUUUUUUUUUGAGACACGAGGACUUCAACCGGAGAAUGUUUGACUUGGUGCAGUUGUUAUUGGAACGUUCUGGUCUUGGCUAUUCGUAUUAUGUUUUUAAUCAAAACAAUGGCAAAAUUCUCGAACGUGAUUUGUUAUCACCAGACGGCCGAUUUGAGCACUAAUAGGACAGUGUACGUGUCAUGCUUGUAAGUUGACAAUGUAAUGGGACAGUUAAGGGGACAGUUAACACGUCAUGCCUGCCUAGACAGAUAGCGUCAUGUGUGCGCUGUUGUCUCGCAUUUCGCCGAGUUAACUGUUGUUUUUUUGUUUUUAUGAAAACGUAUGUCUAGUUUUAUGAAAACUGAUGUCUAGUUUCUUUCUCAAAUUUUAACACAGUUUUGAUUAAUUGGUAACAGGACUUUGGACUGUCGUCCAAUUCUGUCAGUAAUGAUACUCGUGAUUAACAAUUCGGUCUCCGGCUUUGCGGUCCUACGAUUUUGAUAAUCACUCGUAUGAUUUCAGUCCGAAUUGGACUCCGCUCGGUUCUGUUACCACUAUUAAUAUGUCCAAAAUUCUAUUUACAUAGAUGUCACCAGAUCAUUUAGGUUUGUUUUAUUUUAGGAGGUUGGCUUCUGGUGUCAAAUGUUGAGUUCGGCAGCCCCUCUUCUAAGGUGUCAGUUGAGACAUCAUACCGUGGGAUAGGUAAGUCACACAUGGUUCUGCAGAAAAGUGCCAUGAAAGAGCUCAGAAGACACUUGUCCUUCACUCAGCUGAGAUUCCACUGCCACAAGAAACAGAGACGCACAUUCCACGUGGUCACAGCUUCCAACAGCUCAGGUGAAGCUGUGGUCCAGUACUUCAGCGGUCAGACAGAUGAGCUACCGGAUGCCUGUGUUUCGUUUGUGAGAUUGAAGUGGGAUGACAAUUCCAAGUUAGCUGACAUUUGCAAAGAUUGGGGACUAAUAAGUGGAGAGUACUUAGUUGGAAAGUGGGGACAUGGUGAAGAUUAAAACAGUGUAUACUGGUAUCCCGCAUUCAAAGUACAUGCGUAUCACCUUAGGGUCCACUUGAAUAACGUUGGUGACCUCAACGUAAUGCAAUGCGAUGAUGUUGCCUCUCAGACCGUUAACACAAUCGGCGAUUUCUGGAGAGUAUUUGUUCCGUUAGUUGCGUUUAACUCAGAGCUGUCUGUACACCAGGCAACCCUGGACUGUGCGAAUAACAGUAACAUACGAAUAAAGCAAAAUAAAGAAAAUGCACCUUUACCUUCAUCAGGUUAUAAGAAUUGUUUUUGUUUCCAUUUCGGGGCAAGGGAAAGCAAUCCUCACUGUUUCCCGUGGGACCUGUUUGAAAAUAUUUUCUCAUACAUCCCAAAGCGAAUAUGACUGCCAAAAAUUACUUUUGGUACGUAGACUGGCACACACAUUUGCUGCGGUUUCACGGUGAACGACCUUAGGACGCGAGAGUCGAAAGUUAAAGUUGUUGUUUUUUUCGGAGGCUUAGUGAAUUUUGUUCACCCAAGAAAGUUAGUGUAUUUUGAUUCACGGCGCGUGACAUAUUCAACCAUCCAAUCAAAAAACCUAUUUGAGUUGAGAGGUAUAUAACGAUUAAAUUUUCACAACUGCUUCCUUCUAAAUAAAGUUUGAACUAGUGACCACGUCAACCUCAGUGUUCAGUUCAAGAAUUUUAAACAUGAUUGGCUAGUUGAUCGGAUCGCGAGCGUCGCGCGUGAAUACUAAAAAUUCCAGAGGAAAAGAAAAGAACACUUUGCAGUUCAAAACAAUUCACGACUGACUCGAGAAAAUUUCAACGACCUGUUUUAUGUGGUGGGAAGCUAUUGAGAAAAACUAUGCUUAGCACAAGAGGUCGAGGCUAGCUAGCUGCAUGGGAAAUCUCCAAGAAAAUAAAAAAGUAGUCAUACAGAUUUUGACCUUCAACCCCUCAGGGAUUGGGGGAGGGUUUUCUAUGUUCUCUCAGUGAUGCAAUGCCGAUGCCUCGCGUGCAGAUUUGCUCGAUUGUUCAUGACAAAAUACUGUAAACGAAUAAUAGCUAUAACUCAUGUUUGUUGUAUUUAGCUAAUUGUCGAGAGAGCAUUUGUCCGUUCAUUUUUCUAGUUUUUAAUUUGAUCCUUACUGGCCUUACGACUAGCCAUGAUAAGAAUUCUCAAUUUUACUACCUCGAUAAAAUAAAUGACAAAAAUACAGAUAAAAUGCAUCAUUUUACGCGAAAGCGCACUUACAGUCUAGACAGUCAGAACUAAUGUUAGGAAACGUGAUAACGCGAUUCCUUGUUUAAAGAAGACGAAACUACAACUAAAGUAGUAACUUUAAAAACUAUCUAGUUAAAAACUACAUAGUUACGAAUAGUUUAUAGUUAAAACUGGUGUACUUGAAAUGGAGAAUUCUUGCCAUGGUUACGUGUGACCAUGGUAAGAAUUCUCCAUUGUACUCCCUCAAGAUAAAAUAAGAAUCUGAAACUGAACAAAAGGAAUGACAAAAAUACAAAUAAAAUGCAUCAUUUUGCGCAACGGCACAUUUAAAGUCUAGACAGUCAGAAUCAUAGCUAGGAAACGUAAUAAAGCGAUCCAUUGUUUUUAAGACGGCGAAACUACAGCUAGAAGGCGUCUAAAAACUAGAAAAACUAUAAGGUUGUGACGUAAGACCCCACAUAGACUGUUCCAUUUCAAGCUUGACUUGUCCAUUUCACCUUUGUAUUUUUGGCGGUUACGGCGAAAAACAUCUGCUGUAACACUAAACUAUUUCGGUUUGUACUAAACCUAUUGUCGUCACGCUAAACCAUUUCACAUUUCGGUGAGUAGAUUGAUGCGAUACGAAGCCAUUGGGGCCUACUAUCAACCAUUUGCCGAUAGCUUUAGCCAUUUCACACUAUUCUGAACUGUUCGUGUCAAGUCACUAAACCAAAGUACAGUUAGCUGAACCGUUUGUCAUUUCUACACUGAGUUGAGUAACUUUUGCAAGCCAUCGGACAAGUUUUAAUCCUUAGCAGGGAAGGUUCCUUAUGAGCUGGUAGUUUAAAAAGCCCUCCGUAUUCUUUCACCGAGUCAGACAAAGUGUAAUUAACAAAACCCUAAAUUCACAAUCAGAACUAUUUGUUACAUCAAUAAAGGGUAAGCGCGACAUUUGUCGUCUGUUUUUCUUUCUUUCUCAAAGUACAGGAUGAGAGGGCAUCUAGUUAGUUUCCAGUUCUGUCCCAUUCGGUUGAGUGGUUUUGCUUUGUUUCUUGUGGCUUUCAGUUCGUCUUUGCACACUGACGUGAGCAGGGAAGAGGUUUUCGAGAGAGUUGAAGGUAACACGUGAAUGUGUUAUACCUCUGUUAUGACACCGUGAUAUAUUUUUUUUCCGACGGAAUAUAAACGUGUCAAUUGCCAUGGGCGAAAACUCGCCAAAUCAAUAUAAUAACUUACUGACGUCGAACGAUUUUGGCUAUGUCACGAUAAACUUUACAUGAUCCCCUCCCCUCAAUAAGGCUCUGUAAUAAUCUUACAAUCCCCAAUACAAUCGAGCAAAUCUGCUCGCGAUCGAGGCAUCGGCAUUGCAUCACUGAGAGAACAUAGAUGCCACUGGUCUUCAAACAAGCAAUGGCCAGUCUCAACCUCCUAGAGAGAUUUUCGCUCGUGUGAGUUCAGUGGACUUUCUGAUACAGAAACCUUUGAUAUGAUAGGAGAACCCCCUCGUAUAGAAUGACGACUAUUUUAGCCUCCUAAUUGUAAACAUGCAUGCGGUAUGAAAAGAGCCCCUACAUAGCCUACUCCGGUCCGCCACAACGGAAACGUUUUCUUCCAAGGGGCACAUAACGUUGCUAAUAUCGGGAUUUCAGUCGACUGAAACUUGAAGAAAAGGCUUAUGCAUAAUAUAAUUCUUGACUUGUAGAGAGCUCUAAACGCGACAUUUAUGCAAUGCCCAACUUAAAUACGUCUUUUAAUUGAAGGGCUGAACAUGUUGCGAGUCGUGAAUCAAAAUACACUUACUUUCUCGGAUAAACAAACUUCACUGAGCCCCCGGGGAAACAACGACUUGACUUUCGACUCUCAGGUGAUGCAAUGCCCAACUUAAAUACGUCUUUUGAUUGGAGGGCUGAACAUGUCGUGAGUCGUGAAUCAAAAUACACUUACUUUCUAGGAUAAACAAAAUUCACUUGGCCCCCGGGGAAGCAACGACUUGACUUUCAACUCUCACAUGAUAAGGUCGUUCACCGUGAAACCGCAGCAAAUGUGUGUGCCAGCCUGCCUAUAAAAAUUAUUUUUUGCAGUCAUUUUCGAGUUGGGAUGUAUGAGAAACACUUUUAAAAAGUGACGAGCACCACAGGAAACAGUGAGGAUUCCUUUACCUUGCCCUGCCAGGGCAAUAAAACUCACGGUAUCCCUUGGAGUCGGUCAUUAGUCACUUACUUUACCAACUUUGCCAGGUGUCUACAUUAUAAUUGUCUAGAAGCGAAAUUAAACACUAUUAGUAUGGUAGCUAGAGGGCAAAGGAUGAGAAAAUAAUUAGUACAUCAGAAGAAACAAAUGUUUCUUAGCAUAUUGGCUUCCGUUGUCAAUUUUAACGUGCACGAGUCAAAAAUAGGAACGCAGAAAUACAUGUAUGGUACAGCAGAUAUAUCUACAAAUUGUGACUCAUAAAUGUACGAGUUAGAAGGUGAGAGGAAAUUCUGUCACUUUUCAUCUCUCUCUGUUGAAAUGACAUCCUGUAGCUCUUUUUUAAUAGGCGAAUUUCACUUUGUUUGGUGGAAAAAGGUUGUCAUCGAUCCCGAAUGCGACUAAUCGAUACUCAUAGAAAUCCGUGUGCAAGAGAAAAGAGGUCCGGAAAAAAAAGAAAAAUUCCGAAUGAUCGAGGUUGUUUCUAUUAAUGUUAAACGCCCCCACGCUUUUCUCGAAUGUAAAGAAAUAUCAAUCAAAAAUGUUAGUCGUGAUCAGUACUUCGUUCAAAGCUGACUAUUGCUUGAUUUACGAAAGGGGUUCUCAAGCUGUUUCUUUUUAUUUUUUUUUUAAUUAUUGUCUCAUGUUUCAUUAAAAUUGUACAAAAAGCUGAUAAAAGAUUUUUUCAAUAGAAAAAUACGAUAGGAGUGGAAAGAAACUGAAGGUCAGAAUAUACUGGUUUCAAGGAAGAAGCAAGUCAUUCAAUUUGGAAAAAAUUGGUUAAUUUAAACUUAAGAAGAAGAUUGCUUUCCAACUUUGAUAACAACAUAAUAAAAACAAUCCGAGUAAUCUUGGUUUGUUUCGAGCUAAAUGCCCUCACGCUUUACUCAAAUGUAGAAAAAGCUAACCCCAAGCCGUGAUCAGUACUUCGUGCAAAGUUGACUGAUGCAUAAUUUAUGUAUGGGUUCUUAAGCUGUUUCUAUUUAUUUCUUUUAAUCAUUGUCUCAAAGUUCAUUAAAAUUGUAUGAAAAGUUGACAACAGAGUUUUUCGAUACAAAAAUACGAGAGGAGUGGAAGGAAACUGAAGGUAAGAAUAUACUGGUUUCAAGAAGAUUGCUCUCUAACUUUGAUAACAACAUAAAUCUUGAAUAGUCAGCCACUUGGAUAAAUACAUUUGAGUGAGAAGUAUAUCUACAAAAGACCUUUACUACCGCAUAAACGUGAAAGAAAAGUCGAGUCGUGAUCAGUACUUCGUGCAAAACUGACCAAUGCAUAAUUUAUGUAAGGGUUCUCAAGCUGUUCCUAUUCAUUUCUAUAAUUUUCAUUGUUACACAAGGUUCAUUAAAAUUGUAUGAAAAGUUGAUAAAAGAGUUUUUCAAUGCAAAAAUACGAGAGGAGUGGAAGGAAACUGAAGGUAAAAAUAUACUGGUUUCAAGGAGUAACCAAGUCAUUCAAUUUGGAGAAAAUUGGUUAAUUUAAACUUCAGAAGAAGAUUGCUCCCUAACUUUGACAACAACAUAAAUCUUGAAUGGUCAGCCGCUUCGAUAAAUAUGUUUGAGUGAGAAGUAUAUAUACAAAAGACCUUUAUUACCGCAUGAUCGUGAGAAGAAAAGUCGAGGAAAAGUAAGAAAAGGAAGGUGAGUGUGAGUGAGAAACUCGAUGUAUUUACUUACUAUCGGGUGAGUAACUUGUGCAAGCCAGCGAACAGAAUUAAUCCUCAGCAGGGAAGAUUCCUUUAUAUGCUAAAAUCCUAAAUUCACAAUCAAAACUAUUUGUUGCAUCUAAGAAGGGAGAAGGGCAACAUUUUUCAUCUGUUUUUCUUUCUUUCUCAAAUUACAGGAUGAGAGGGCUUCUAGUUGGUUUCCAUUUCUGUCUCGUUCUGUUGAGUGGUGUUGCUUUGUUUCUUGUGGCUUUCAGUUCGUCUUUGCACACUGACUUGAGUAGGCACGAGGUUUUCGAGCGAAUUGAAGGUAACACGUAAAUGUGUUAUACCUCUCGACACAGUGAUAUUUUGUUCCGGUGGGAUGUGAGUGUUUCAAGUGCCAUGGGAUCGGAAAACUGGGAUCGGUUGACACAGAUUUUGAUCCCUCCCCCACCCCCCUAAUAAGGCUUUGUGACAUUCCUAAAAUCCCCUUCAUUGGUAGUAAAUUUCCAUUCUUCCCCUUUUAUACUCUGUUAGCCACAGCAGUUCGCCCUGGAAAAAAAAUAUAAGAUCGCCCCAAAAUUGGGUAAAAACAACAGGAACUUUCUACGUGCAACUCUCAUAACUCUCAGGGCUUCUUCAUAUUCACCUUUGUACGAUAUCAAGAGUCAAGAUGACCUCUUAAGACAGGGUAAUUAACUACACACAAACUGUAUUAUGAAAGUAUCCAAAAUAAACUGAGUGAUGAGAACAUGAAACGCGAUUGUGUUGUUUUUCAAGGAUUUGAGCUAAUUGGUCACGUCACCAAGACAUUAUAUGCUGAUGAAAUAAGCUGUGGAUUGAGUUGCCUUCGAGAUGAAAACUGCCGAUCUUACAACAGCAAAUCCGAUGCUAAUGAUGCAAAGAAAGAAUGUCAACUGAGUAAUCAAACCAAAAAUUCAAGUCCGGAAAACCUGAGGUGUAACCCACGUUCUACUUAUUAUGGAAGAGGUACUGUUGAGUAAGGUGCUUAACAUUAUGGAAAAGUUAGAGGAGGUGGGAGGGUAUGAAAAAUCGGAGUAUUUUAGUUGUCACGAUAAAGUUUUCCUAAUCCUUCCAUAACGUUCCGAAUGAUUCUAUCGAUCUUCCUCAUUGGCCGCCAAUUUUCUUUAGUCCCACCUUUAAACUCUGUUAACGACCACUGAUCCCCUCUCCAUUCCCUUGAAAACAAUGAUAUCCCCCCCAAGACUCUGCCACCCCUUCCACCUCCUCUUUCCAUGGCCAAGUCAAAAAUGGUGACCUAUUUCUUACUUUUGAUUAGCGCUUUUCAGAGCUCUCUCAUGUCACGUGUACAUCCAUGAAUAAUCUUUCCCGAGAGAAUAUGAAGUUUAAAAUCUCUUGCUUUUCCUUAUAAUGAAAGGUUUUCCAUAUUCUUUGUUUGAAUUGAAAGAUUCUAUGGAUCCUGCCAAGAUUUAUAAAAUCUAGAGCUAUCUAACAAUCACUCGAAAAGAACUUCUUAUGAAAUAAGACCUCUGUGGCAUGUUUUGUUUCUUAAUUUGAUCCUCUCCUCGUUUCAAAAGAUUAUUCUUUUUCCUAUGCAGGUAAACGAGGUUGGGAUUUUGCUCAUCCAGCCUUCUCCUGUAAAGAAAUUCUGGACUCUGGACACUCCAAAGGUAAACGAGGUUGGGAUUCUGCUCAUCCGGCCUUUUCCUGUAAAGAAAUUCUGGACUCUGGACACUCCAAAGGAGACGGGGAGUAUUGGAUCGACCCUGAGAAGAGUGGAAACCCUUUGAAGGUCUAUUGUGACAUGUCAAGACAUGGUGGUAAGAAAAGAAAUUUUUUUUUUUGAGACACGAGGACUUCAACAGGAGUAUAUUUGAUCUUGGCUAUUCUUGCUUUCUCUACAAAUAUCCUUCUUAUGUUUUUAAUCAAAUCUACUGCAGAAUUCUUGAAACUGAUUAGUUAUCAUCAGCCGGCCGAUUUGAGCACUAAUAGGACAGUGUACGCGUCAUACUUGUGAUUGAACAGUGUAAUAGGACCGUUAAAGGGAUAGUUAACGUGUCAUGCCUGUGUGAGUGGACAGAACACGUCAUGUGCGCGCUGUUGUCUCGCAUUUCGCCGGGUGAACUGUUGUUUUUCGUUUUUCUGAAAACGUAUAACCGAUGUUUAGUUUCUUUCUCAAUUUUUGUCAUAGUUUUGAUUAAUUGGUAACAGGCCUUCUUGUCGUCCAAUUCUGUCUGUAGUGAUACGAGUGAUUAACAAAUCGGACUCCCGCUUUGCGGUCGUACGAUUCUAUAAAUCACUCGUAUGAUUGCAGACCCAAUUGGACUGCACUCGGUCCUGUUACUAUUUAAUAUGUCCAAAAUUCUAGGUACAUGGAUGUCACAAGAUCAUUUAGGUUUGUUUUAUUUUAGGAGGUUGGCUUCUGGUGUCAAAUGUUGAGUUCGAAAGUUCCUUUCCUAAGGUGUCAGUUGAGACAUCAUACCGUGGAAUAGCUAAGUCACACAUGGUUCUGCAGAAACGUGCCCUGAAAGAGCUCAGAAAACACUUGUCCUUCACUCAGCUGAGAUUCCACUGCCGCAAGAAACAGGGACGCACAUUCCACGUGGUCACAGCUUCCAACAGCUCAGGCGAAGCUGUGGUCCGGUACUUCAGCGGUCAGAUAGAUGAGCAACCGGACGCCUGUGGUUCGUUUGUGAGAGUGACGCGGGAUGACAAUUCCAAGUUAGCUGGCAUUUGCAAAGAAUGGGGUCGACUAGUAAGUGGAGAGUUCCAGGUUGGAAAGUGGGGACAUGGUGAAGGUCAAGAGAGGCUAUACAAGUAUCCCGUCUUAAGAAAGUCAAGGUAUCACCUUAGGGUCCAACUGCAGAACGUUGACGACCUCCAAAAAAUGGAAUGUGAUGAUCGCCAAGGUCACAAUGAUAACACAAACGGCGAUUUCUGGAGAGUCUUUGUUCGUUAGUUGCGUCUAUCUGCACACCAAGCAACCCUUGACUGUGCGAAUAACAGUAACAAACCAAUAAAGCAAAAUAAAGACAAAUGCACCGUUACACUCAUCGGGUUAUAAGAUAGUUUUUGUUUCCAUUUCGGGGCAAGGGAAAGCAAUCCUCAUUGUUUCCCGUGGGGCCAGUCAUUUUAAUUUUGAUAUUUGAAAAUAUUUUCUCAUACGUCCCAAACCGAAUAUGACUGCCAAAAAUCACUUUUUGUACGCAGGCUGGCACACACAUUUGCUGCGGUCUCACGGUGAACAACCUUAUCACGCGAGAGUCGAAAGUUAAAGUUGUUGUCUCCUCGGGGGCUUAGUGAAUUUUGUCCACCCUAGAAUGUCAGUGUAUUUUGAUUCACGGCGCGUGACAUAUUCAACCAUCCAAUCAAAAAACGUAUUUGAGUUGAGAGGUACAUAACGAUUAAAUUUUCACAACUGCUUCCUUCUAAAUAAAAGGUUGAACGAGUGACCACGUCAACCUCAAUGCUAAGUUGAAGGACUCUAAACGUGAUUGGCUAGUUGAUCGGAUCGCGAGCGUCGCGCGUGAAUACUAAAAAUUCCAGAGGAAGAGGAAAGAACACUUUGCAAUUCGAAAAAGAGUCACUUCUGACACAAGAAAAUUUCAAUUUUCAAUUUCAAGCCAUUGAGAAAAAACUAUGCAUAACACAAGAGGUCGAGGCUAGCUGGGAAAUCUCCGGGAAAAUAAAAAAGUAAUCAUACAGAUUUUGACCUUCAACCCCGCGGGGAUUGGGGGAGGGUUUUUUUUUCACUUUUUAGACAUGACACGAGUUUUUAUAUUGUAACCAAUCACAAUCGAAGAAAUUUUAAUUUUCAAUGAUUGAGAGGUUUAUAUCAAACGUAAUAAUAGCAUAAUAACCGGGCAUUAUAUAUAUAUUAUUAUUAUUAUAUGUAUAAUUUUUUUUUAUCGUGUUCAGAGCUUCACACAAGUCAAGAACUAUAUCACGCUUUUAGCACCCAUAAGCUCCUUUUCCUUUGGUUUUUCAGUCGAUUCAAAUCUCGCUGUCAGCAACGUCUCAAAUCACUGAGAAAAAUGAACGAACAAUCCUCUCUCGAGAAUUAACUCAUAGAACAAACACGAGUUCUAGUUACUAUUGGUUUACAGUAUUUUGUCAUGAAAAAUCGAGCAAAUCUGCUUGCGAUCGAGGCAUCGGCAUUGCAUCACUGAGAGAACAUAGAUACAACUGGUCUUCAAGCAAGUAAUGGCUACUCUCAACCUCUUAGCGAGAUUGUCGCUCGUGUUAGUUCAGUGAUACAGAAACCUUCGAUGUGAUAGCAGAACCCCCUCGUAUGGAAUGACGACUAUUGUAGCCUCCUAAUUGUAAACAUGCAUGCGGUAUGAAAAGAGCCCCUACAUAGCCUACUCCGGUCCGCCACAACGGAAACGUUUACUUCCAAGGGGCAUAUAACGUUGCUAAUAUUGGGAUUUCAGUCGACUGAAACUUGAAGGAAAAGUACCUAUGGGUGCUGAAAGCAUAAUAUAAUUUUUGACUUGCAGAGAGCUCUGAACGCGACAUUUAUGCAAUGCCCAACUUAAAUACGUCUUUUGAUUGAAGGGCUGAACAUGUCGCGAGUCGUGAAUCAAAAUACACUUACCUUUCUCGGAUAAACAAAAUUCACUAAGCCCCCGAGGAAGCAACGACUUGACUUUCGACUCUCAGGUGUUGCAAUGCCCAACUUAAAUAUAUCUUUUGGUUGGAGGGCUGAACAUGUCGCGAGUCGUGAAUCAAAAUACACUUACUUUUCUAGGAGAAACAAAAUUCAAAAUUCGACUCUCACAUGAUAAGGUCGUUCACCGUGAAACCGCAGCAAAUGUGUGUGCCAGCCUGCCUAUAAAAAUGAUUUUUUUGAAGUCAUUUUCGAGUUGGGAUGUACGAGAAACACUUAAAAAAUUAAAAUUAAAGUGACUGGCCCCACGGCAAACAGUGAAGAUUGCUUUACCUUACCCUGUCAGGGCAACAAAACUCACUGUAUUCUUUGGAGUCGGUCAUUAGUCACUUAUUUUACCAACUUUGCCAGGUGUCUACAUUAUAAUUGUCUGGAAGCGAAAGUAAACACUAUUAGUAGGGUAGCUGGAGGACAAAAGAUGAGAAAAUAAUUAGAGCAUCAGGAGAAAUAAGUGUUUCUUAGCAUAUUAGCCUCCGAUGCCAAUUUUAACGCGCACGAGUCAAAAAUAGGAACACAGAAAUACAUGUAUGGUACAGCAGAUAUAUCUACAAAUUGUGACUCAUAAAUGCACGAGUUUGAAGGUAAAGGGAAUUCUGUCACUUUUCAUCUCUCUCUGUUGAAAUUACAUCCUGUAGCUCUUUUUUAUUAGGCGAAUUUCGCUCUGUUUGGUGGGAAAAAGUUGUCAUCGAUCCCGAAUGCGACUAAUUGAUACUCAUAGAAAUCCUUGUGCAAGAGAAAAGAGGUCCGGAAAAAAAAAAGAAAAAUCCGAAUAAUCGAGGUUUGUUUCUAUUAAAGUUAAACGCCCCCACGCUUUACUGGAAUGUAAAGAAAUGUUAAUCAGAAAUGUUAGUCGUGAUCAGUACUUCGUGCAAAGCCUACUAAUGCUUGAUUUACGAAAGGGGUUCUCAAGCUGUUUCUUUUCAUUUCUUUUAUUUAUUGUCUCAAGUUUCAUUAAAAUUGUAUGAAAAGUUGAUUUUUCACACGAGAGGAGUGGAACGAAACUGAAGGUCUGAAUAUACUGGUUUCAAGGAGUAACCAAGUCAUUCAAUUUAGAGAAAAUUGGUUAAUUUAAACUUCAUAAGAAGAUUACUCUCUAACUUUGAUAGCAACAUAAGCCUUAAAUGGUCAGCCACUUCGAUAAAUACGUUUGAGUGAGGAGUAUAUAUACAAGAGACCUUACCUACCGCAUAAACGUGAGAAAAAAAGUCGAGGAAAAGUAAGAAAAGGAAGGUGAGUGUGAGUGAGAAACUCGAUGUAUUUACUUACUAUCGGGUGAGUAACUUGUGCAAGCCAGCGAACAGAAUUAAUCCUUAGCAGGGAAGAUUCCUUUAUAUGACUUGCUAGUUUAAGAAGCGCUCGUAUUCUUUCGCUGAGUCAGAUAAAGUGUAAUUUAAAAAAACCCCUAAAUUCACAAUCAAAACUAUUUGUUGUAUCUAAGAAGGGAGAAGGGCAACAUUUGUCAUCUAUUUUUCUUUCUUUCUCAAAUUAAAGGAUGAGAGGGCUUCUAGUUGGUUUCCAUUUCUGUCCCGUUCUGUUGAGUGGUGUUGCUUUGUUUCGUGUGGCUUUCAGUUCGUCUUUACACACUGACUUGAGCAGAGAGCGUUGAAGUAACACGUGAAUGUGUUAUACCUCCCAACACAGUGAUAUUUUUUUCUGACGAGAUGUGAAUGUUUCAAGUGUCAUGGGCGAAAACCCGGAUCGGAUGACACAGAUUUUGGCUGUGUCACGAUAAACUUUACAUGAUCCCUCCACCCUCCAAACAAGGCUCUGUGACAUUCUUACAAUCCCCCUCAUUAGUAGUAAAUUUCCAUUCUUCCCCUUUUACACUCUGUUGCCACAGCAGUUCGCCCUAAAAAAAAUAUGAGAUCUCCCCAAAAUUGGGUAAAAACAACAGGAGCUUUCUACGUGCAACUCUCAUAACUCUUAGGGCUUCUUCAUAUUCACAUUUGAACGAUAUCAAGAGUCAAGAUGACCUCUUACGACAGGGUAAUUAACUACAUACAAACUGUAUUAUUAAAGUAUCCAAAAUAAACGAAGUGAUGAGAACAUGAAACACGAUUGUGUUCUUUUUCAAGGAUUUGAGCUAAUUGGUCGUAUCACCAAGACAUUAUAUGCUGAUGAAAUAAGCUGUGGAUUGAGAUGCCUUCAAGAUGAAAAAUGCCAAUCUUACAACAGUAAAUGCGAUGCUAGUGAUGCAAAAAAGGUAUGUCAACUGAGUAAUGAAACCAAAAAAUCAAGUCCAGAAAACCUGAGGCGUAACCCACGUUCUACUUAUUAUGGAAGAGGUACUGUUGAGUAAGGUACUUAACAUUAUGAAAAAGUUAGUGGAGUGUGUGUGUGUGUGUGGGGGAAGGGGGGGGGGUAGGUAUGAAGAGUCGGAGUACUUUGGUUGUCACAAUAAAGUUUUCCUGAUCCUUCCAUAACGUUCCGAAUGAUUCUAUCGAUCUUCCUCAUUGGCCGCCAAUUUUCUUUAGUCCCACCUUUAAACUCUGUUAGCGACCACUGAUCCCCUCUCCAUUCCCUUUGAAAACAAUGAUAUACCGCCUUCCCAAGAAUCUGCUACCCCUCCAAACCCCUCUUUACAAGUCAAAAAUGGUGACCUAUUUCUUACGUCUGAUUAGCGCUUUUCAGAGCUCUCUCAUGUCACGUGUACAUCCAUGUAUAACCUUUCCUGUGAGAAUAUGAAGUUUAGAAUCUCUUGCUUUUUCUUAUAAUGAUGGGUUUUCCAUUUUCUUAGUUUGAAUUGAAAGAUGCUCUGGAUCCUACAAAGAUUUAUAAAAUCAAGAGCUAUUUAAUAAUUACGCGAGAGGAACUACAUAUGGAAUAUGACCUCUGUGGCGUGUUUUGUUUCUUAGUUUGAUCCUCUCCUCGUUCCAAAUAAUUAUUCUUCCCUUUUCCUAUGCAGAUAAUCGAGGUUGGGAUUCUGCUCAUCCGGCCUUCUCCUGUAAAGAAAUUCUGGACUCUGGACACUCCAAAGGAGACAGGGAUUAUUGGAUCGACCCAGAGAAGAGUGGAAACCCUUUGAAGGUCUAUUGUGACAUGUCAACAUAUGGUGGUAAGAGAAUGGAUUUUUUUUUGAGACACGAGGACUUCAACAGGAGUAUAUUUGACUUGGGGCAGUUGUUAUUGGAACGUUCUGGUCUUGGCUAUUCGUGCGUUCUCUACAAAGAUCCUUAUUAUGGUUUGAAUCAAAACUAUGGCAGAAUUCUUGAAAGUGAUUGGUUAUCAUCAGCCGGCCGAUCUCAGCACUAAUAGGGCAGUGUACGCGUUAUACUUGUAAUUGGACAGUGUAAUAGGACCGUUAAAGGCGUCAUGCCUGUGUGAGUGAACAGAACGCGUCAUGUGCGCGCUUUUGUCGCACAUUUCGCCGAGUAAACUGUUGUUUUUUGGUUUUUGUGAAAAAGUAUGACCGAUGUCCAGUUUCUUUCUCAAAUUUUGUCAUAGUUUAGAUUAAUUUGUAACAGGCCUUCUUGUCGCCCAAUUCUGUCUAUAAUGAUACGAGUGAUUAACAAAUCGGACUUCCACUUUGCGGUCGUACGAUUCUGUAAGUCACUCGUAUGAUUACAGACCGAAUUGCACUCCACUCGGUCCUGUUACCAUUUAAUAUGUCCAAAAUGCUAGUAACAUGGAUGUCACCAGAUCAUUUAGGUUUGUUUUAUUUUAGGAGGUUGGCUUUUGGUGUCAAAUGUUGAGCUCGGAAGCCUCUCUCCUAAGGUGUCAGUUGAGACAUCAUACCGUGGAAUAGGUAAGUUACACAUGGUUCUGAAGAAAAGUGCCAUGAAAGAGCUCAGAGGACACUUUUCCUUCACUCAGCUGAGAUUCCUCUGCCGCAAGAAACAGGGACGCACAUUCCACUUCUAUCAACAGCUCAGGUGAAGCUGUGGUCCAGUACUUCAGCGGUCAGACAUGAGCAACCGGACGCCUGUGGUUCGUUUGUGAGAUUGACGCGGGAUGACAAUUCCGAUUUAGCUGGCAUUUGCAAAGAUUGGGGUCAACUAGUAAGUGGAGAGUCCUUGGUUGGAAAGAGGGGACAUGGUGAGAAUCAAAAAAGGCUGUACUGGUAUCCCGUCUUAAGAAAAUCAAAGAAUCACCUUAGGGUCUUCUUGAAUAAAGUUGGUGACCUUGACGAAAUGGAAUGUGAUGAUGGCUCCGGUCACAAUGUUGUCACAAACGGCGAUUUCUGGAGAGUCUUUGUUCGUUAUUUGCGUCUAUAUGUACACCAAGCAGCCCUUGACUGUGCGAAUAACAGUUACAAACGAAUAAAGCAAAAUAAAGACAAAUGCACCGUUACACUCAUCAGGUUAUAAGAAUUUUUUUGUUUCCAUUUCGUGGGGCCAGUCAUUUUUAAUUUUUAUUUUUGAAAUUAUUUUCUCAUACAUCCCAAACUGAAUAUGACUGCCAAAAAUCACUUUUUGUACGUAGGCUGACACACACAUUUGCCGCGGUUUCACGGUGAACAACCUUACGGCACGUGACAUAUUCAACCAUCCAAUCAGAAACCGUAUUUGAGUUGAGAGGUACAUAACAAUUAAAUUUUCACAACUGCUUCCUUCUAAAUAAAAGGUUAAAAUAGUGACCACGUCAACCUCAAUGUUAAGCUCAAGGACUCUAAAUAUGAUUGGCUAGUUAAUCGGAUCGCGAUUGUCGCACGUGAAUACUAAAAAUUCCAGAGCAAAAGGAAAGAACACUUUGCGGUUCGAAAAAAAAUUCACUACUGGCACAAGAAAAUUUCAACAACCUGUUUGACAUGGCGGGAAGCCAUUGAGAAAAACCGUGCUAAGCACAAGAGGUCGCGGCUAGCUGGGAAAUCUCCCGGACAAUAAAAAAGUAAUCAUACAGACUUUGACCUUCAACUCCUCGGGGAUUGGGGAAGGGUUUUUUCCACUUUUUAGACAUGACACGAGUUUUUAUACUGUAAACAACAACCGAAGAGAUUUUAAUUUCAUAUGAUUGAGAGGUUUACAUCAAACAUAAUAACCGGGCAUUCCAUAUAUAUAUAUAUAUAUAUAUAUAUAUAUAUACACAAACUACAACUUUUUUUUUUUUAAUUGUGUUCAGUGUUCAGAGCUUCACACAAGUCAAGAACUAUAUUGUGCUUUUAGCACCCAUAAGCUCCUUUUCCUUCGGGUUUUCAGUCAACUCAAAACUCGAUAUCAGCAACGUCAUGUGCCCCUUGGAAGAAAACCGUUGCCGUUCUGGCGGACCAGGGUAGGUUAUGUAAGGGCUCUUUUCAUACCGCAUGCAGUUUACUUUUAGGAGACUAAAAUAAUCGUCAUUCCAUACAGAGGAGGUUGUCCUACCAUAUCGAAGGUCUCUAUGUCAGGACGUCCACUGAACUCUUACGCGCAACAAUCUCUCUAAGAGGUUGAGACUGGACAUUGCAUGUUUAAAGACCAGUGGUAUUUAUGUUCUCUCAGUGAUACAAUGUUGAUGACUCGCGUGCAGAUUUGCUCGAUUGUUCAUGAUAAAAUACCGUAAACGAAUAAUAGCGAUGACUCAUGUUUGUUGUAUCAAGCUAAUUGUCGAGAGAGGAUUGUCCAUUCAUUUUUCUAGUUUUUAAUUUAAUCCUUACCGGCCUUACGCUUAACCACGGUAAGAAUUCUCCAUUUGACUGCCUCAAGAUAAAAUAAGAAUCUGAAAUAAAAGGAAUGAUAAAAAAUACAGAUAAAAUGCAUUAUUUUACGCGACAGCAAACAGUCUAGACAGUCAGAACUAUUGCUAGGAAACGUGAUAAAGUGAUUCAUUGCUUUAAGACGACGAAACUACAACUAAAGGGUGCCUAAAAACUUCAAAAAAAUUUUAUAGUUAAAAAUUGCAUAGUUACGAAUAGUUUACAGUGAAAACUGCUGUGCUUUAAAUAAAGAAUUCUUACCGUGGUUACGUGUAACCACGGUAAGAAUUCUCCAUUUUACUCCCUCAAGAUAAAAUAAGAAUCUAAAACAAAAGGAAUGACAAAAUUACAGAUAAAAUGCAUCAUUUUGCUCAACAGCACAUUUAAAGUCUAGAAAGUCAGAAUCAGAGCUAGGAAACGUAAUAAAGCGAUUCAUUGUUUUAAGACGACGAAACUACAACUAAAGGGCGCCUAAAAACUAUAAAACCUAUAGGGUUGUGACGUAAGACCCCACUUAGACUGUUCCAUUUCAAGCUUGACUUGUUCAUUUCACUUUUGUACUUUUGGCGGUUACGGCGUAAACCAACUGCUGUAACACUAAACCAAUUUGGUUUGUACUAAACCUUUUGUCGUCACAUUAAAGCAUUUCACUUUACGGUGAGUAGAUUGAUGCGAUACAAAGCCAUUGCGGCCUACUAUCAACCAUUUGCCGAUUGCUUUAGCUAUUUCACACUACUCUCGGUUGUGUCAAGUCACUAAACCAAAGUACAGCUAGCUGAACCGUUUGGCAGUUCGACACUGAGUUGAGUAACUUGUGCAAGUCAGCGGACAAGUUUUAAUCCUUAGCAGGGAAGGUUCCUUUAUAUGAGCUGGUUGUUUAAAAAGCCCUCCGUAUUCUUUCGCCGAGUCAGACAAAGUGUAAUUAAAACCCUAAAUUCGCGGUCAAAACUAUUUGUUGCAUCAAAAAAGGGAAAGCGCGACAUUUGUCAUCUGUUUUUCUUUCUCUCAAAUUACAGAAUGAGAGGACAUCUAGUUGGUUUCCAGUUCUGAAUCCUACAAAGAUUUCCAAAAUCAAAAGCUAUCUAACGAUCACGCGAAAGGAACUACUUUUGGAAUAAGACCUAUGUGGGGUGUUUUUUUUCUAAGUUUGAUCCUCUCCUCGUUCCAAAUGAUUUUUCUUCCCUCUUCCGAUGAUGAAAUGCCAGUAGUCUCAGUUAUUGGUGAAAUCACCAGCUCAGUGCCCAGACUGUCCAAGAAUCAAGAGAUUUUUUGUUGCUGUCAUUGUGUUGUUAAGGGUGGCAAACAGAGUUUGUCUUUUUUGUUGUUGCUUAAUUGAAGUAUGUUGUACCAUACUUUCUUCACAGGUUGGAGGUGGAUUUGAGUUAGCCAUCAUGUGUGAUAUCAUUUAUGCUGGGAACAAAGCUAAGUUUGGUCAACCAGAGAUUUUGCUUGGAACUAUUCCAGGUGUGGAACACGUAUAAAUCACCCAUAGAAACAACUUUAUCAGCUUGCACAAUAAGAAAAUAUAUUCCACUGACCUUGGUUAAAAUAUUAGAGACCAGAAGUAAACUACAGGAUGGCAGAUGAAGAAAAUGAAAAUGAUGUCUUCUCCUUUCCAAGAUUUUAUUUUAUACUUCUUAAGAGUAUUAGUCAUUAGCCCUUUACACCCAAACAUCAGUCUGCAAGUUCUCCAUACAUUUCUUCAUACGUUUCCUAAUGUGCUGACAAGGAGAAUUUGUUUAACAAUCAAGAGCUUGUGUGAUUGAUGAUCAUUUCCUUUAUUCUCAUGACCUUAAUGUGUGAUUAAGGGGUGAUAUUGUAAGGAGAAACUAGAUGCUAAUCACUCUUUGGGGUCAAAGAGUUAAAAUUUGCUUUAACUUAAAAAAAAGUGCUAUGAUUUAGUGAAGUAAAGACUCUUAAUCAGGAAAGAUAAUAGGAGUAAGAUGGCUUUUUUAUGAAAUGGAUAUUUUUUUAUUCUAGACUCUCUUAUAUUGCUGCUUAUGUUCUUUAACCCUUUAACUCCCACAAGUGACCAAGGCAGAAUUUCUCUUUACACUAUCAAUACAAUAUUAACCAGAUAAGUGGUGAGAAUAAAGAAAAAUUUCAAUUUGGGGAUAAUUAGUUGAUCCAACGAUAAAUUCUUUAAACUAAUGUUAUAAGAAUUGUAUGGUUGACAAUCAGUAGAAUUACAAACUUGAUCUGGGAGUUAAGUUUGUGCUAAAAGGCUGCAACAAACUCGAAGAUUGCUUUCAUUUUUUUAGGUGCUGAUGGUACACAGCGACUUCCAAGAGCUGUUGGGAAGUCCCUGGCUAUGGAAAUGGUACUAACAGGAGAUCCGAUUUCAGCAGAAGAUGCACAGAAAUCAGGUCCAUGCUCCUUUCAACUUAGCUCCUAAUUUUGACCAGUUGUUCAUCAUUACCUCUUUACCUUACAAAAUUGAUCAACAUGCAACUUCUCCCUGUAAUAUUCAUACAUCAACCAGCAAACGGGUAGUGAGAAUAUUAAAACUUAUCAGUUCAAAGUUGUAAUUUUGAUCUAACAUCAAACUCCUGUAAAAAGGAAAUGUGUAGCAGCUAGAGGAGGGAAUUAACAAUCAGAUCUUGGAGGUUAAAGGGUCAAGGAGGAAGGUACUUAGCAUCUUAAGUCUUCCCGGUGGCACAAGGAAAUUCUCACACAAAUUAUUGAGAAAUGUGUACAGUACUUCCACAUCAUCAAGGACUACAACGGAGACACACUGUUUUAUGCUAAACACUUGUGUAAGCCUGCAAAAUUUGAGUUAAAGGCGUAGAUUUUUCCCCUCUGUUUGUUAGCAUUUCUGCGAAGGAACCGUUCACUUCCGAAGAUGUCCGCACAUUUCCGGAGACGUUUUUUAGAGUUUACGUAAACUUGUAUGUCUUCAGUACUCUCCUCUCUUAUCAAAAGCUCUCGGCAAAAGUUAUUUGCGCCAACCUUUCUCUUCGUUUUGAUUCAAGUACAUUUGCUCUAUAUACUUUUUUCAAAAAGUCGCAGUUGAGGCCGCGUUACCUCAAAUUGUUCAGUUAGCUUAAAGGAUUAAACUGUGAACUUGGGGCACGCCUCCUGUGAUAAAACUGGUGCACGCUCAUUCUUGAGAUGUUUCUUUACCCAGAUUCAAAUUCAAAUUACAGAAUUAAACAGUUUUCCUAUUUUUUAUUAGGCCUGGUUAGUAAAGUCUUCCCCGCAGAAGAGCUCGUAGAUGAAGCUAUCAAGACAGCUGCUCAAAUAUCAUCCUUGUCGAAGAUCGCUGUACAGAUCGCCAAAGAAGCUGUCAACACAGGUAUUGCCCUGGCAGUUGUAACCGUCCCAUUGGCUGUUUCCUGCCAUGAGUUAUACUUCGAUUAUUUGAAGGAUUUUAUGUCUACUGCAAUCGGCGUUAAUCUUGUCCAUCGCUAGUCGUUUCUUGUUGGUUUAGUAGUUAAUCUCAAAACAGUUAUCUUUUCUAUUUGACUGUUUUAUUGUGAGACCAUUUUUUUUCCAAUGACCGAAAUAGCUCAAAACGUCAUGACGUACUUCCAUUCACAAGAGUCAAACUGAUUGUUUCUAAGCCAUCAUUUUAACUGAAACAAACUGAGAAAAUGAGGUAGAUUUUUGCUAAAGGUAAACAAAUCAAUAAAUGAUCAUGACUGACCUGCUUGAGUCCAAAAGUUCAACAGUUUACAAGAAAUGCAUGUAAGAACAAUCUACUGUCGUGGCAUUCCUUUUGAGAGUUCCUUAGACUGUUGAAUUUCCCAAAUUUAUUUUUGUUUAGGCGUCUGAAAUCUUUUUUUGCCUCUUUUAUCUAUUAGGCUAUGAGAUUUCACUGGCAGAAGGACUGCAUUUUGAGAAAAGAAUGUGUCACUCAACAUUUUCAACAGUUAUUAUAUAUUAUAAGUUAAUAUUGAUCGGCGUUUACACUUGAAAGAAGACGGCAAUUGCAAUACGAAGUGGUAAACCCACUCAACCAUUUCCCAAAAACACAUUACCUACUCUCUCUGAUUUGGAGCAAUCCACUAAAUGCUUCACGUCUUCUGCGCAACCGAAGUAAGUUCAAUUUAAAACAUGAAAAUGUUCCUAUGUUCCCACCAAAAGCGUAGCUCCAUCUUUCUGCAUGUAAACUACACACCACCCACAAUUCCUCUAUUCGCUCUGACGAAGGGCUAACGCUAGGAACGUCAGCUUUAGAAACUCUUUGUGCUGGCCACUUUGCGUUAUCAACGCUUUCGAUAAAAAUGAUAUUUGUGAUACCCCACCCGCCGGAGCACCACAGUUUCUCUUGAAACUUACCCAUCAAUUCGAUUGUUACCAUGGUGAAUUUGUAAAGACUUGCGAUGAAACUUUCCCUAAGGAAAAUUUUCUCCUUUUCUUUCAUUUCGCAGGACGAUCCGAAGGGAUGACAGCUUUUGUAGAGAAACGAAAAGCCGAAUUCACGGACAAUUAGUAUCUGUUUCUUUUCGGAAAGUCGUAGCCUGCGAGAACUUUGGAUUGUUGUGUGGGAAUGUUAAGGCAGGUGAAAGAAUAGUGAAAGCUUAUGUAAAAUUUUGUCAAGGGCAAUGAAAACACUUAGCAUGAAUUUUUACUAAAAAAAAAAACUUAAUUGGCGAAAUUGAUAGAAAGAAUAAAAUAAAUAAAUUAAAAUCAUAGUCAUUUUUCGUUCGUUCGCUUAUCUGUUGAACGGAUACCGUGGGGUAUACAUUGGGACUGGGGCGAGUAUAGAUUUAAGUUCUGGUCAGUUCGAUGUGUUAAUUAAGACUUGAGCCAGGAAUACUAAGUGACGCUCUAAAUGACGGCUCUUCAGUAAACUUUCUGGAAAAUUAAUCCAAGGCACACCAAGUUUUUUGACUUUUUUGCUCACUGUUCACUUGUCUUGAAUCAAAUGCUUGGAAGAAAAGGAUUUUACUUGCUGUAAGGCACCUUGUAAAAACAAGCCUGAAAGGUCAAUGUCUGUGUGAUUACUUUUUUUCCGCCCAGGUUUCCCAGCUAGCUUCGACCUUUUGUACUAGGCAUGGUUUUUCUCAAUAGCUUUCCGCCACGUCAAAUAGGGCGUUGAAAUUUUCUUGACUUUUCGUGAAUUUUUUUCGAACUGCAAAGUGUUCUUUUCUUCUUCCCCUGGAAUGUUUGUAUUCACGCGCGUCGCACGUGACUCGACCAACUAGCCAAUUUCUCAGGUUAAUUAAGGCUUGGGUCACCCUGCCUUUAACCCAUAUUUUUUCACAAAAUUGAGAAUAACUUUAGAAUAAAUUUUUCUCAUACUUGGCAGAAAUGUGUAUCACUACCAUCUCUCUCGGACUGAAUUGUGGCAGCGUAAUAUGAUACUCUCAACAGCCAAAAACAGUUAAUUUAGGCGCCAAAUUCGUCGGUUGCUUUCUUGAUUCCCACCACUAAACACAAGGCAAAUCAAAAUGCAGUUAUUGCUAUGAAUAUUUGAGACGUUUUUCAUUGUUUUCCCACUUGGAAUGGCUGCCAAAAAAAAAGAGAGAUGUGUUAGGCAGAUUAAAUCAAGUUUUGUCUCUGGGAAGCUGCUUCCUCUAUCAUGGUUUUCGCCCGAAAACAUCUUAGCCUUUACCUGGUUCCAACCGCUGUCAAUGAAAGUAAUCCUACAGGUUCCUAUUUAUUUGGAGGUGGGAAUUUUGAAAACUCGCAGUCACGUAUUCAACUUAGUGUCCGCCAUUUUGACACGCGAGUGUUCAGGAGCAAUUAAACUUACCUAACAACUGCUUUGGGGUAUUACUUUUGUGAGUAAAUUCAUCUGCUUCUUGGAGAAAUUGUUUCCAAAGCAUUCAAAAGCCUAAAUUUUGAUAGACACAAUAAGUAUACACAUCAUGAUAUAAUAGAGGAUUUAUCAAGCUAAAUUUAAUUUCAAAAUUGAAUGGUAUAUCCACAAUGAAACUUUUUUCUAUGCAAUUGUUACCAAAAAUAGUAAUUUUUUCUAUGCAUAAGUUACAAACAUUGUAAAACGCUAUUGAGCUCUAGAAAUGAGCGCUAUAUUAUAUAUUAUAUAUUAUCAUGUUGCAUUGUAUUUGUAGUGAAGUCAAUGAACAUGUUAAGAGCGGUGUUUAGAAGUCUUCGUAGGGUUCAAAAUGGUUCUCUUUGGCUUUAAGAUAGCGAUAUCAUGCCAUUUUUUGAGGAAAUGAAGAUAGCAAAGAAAAUGUUAUUACCUUCUUUUGAUGUCUUCCUCUAAAUUGUCGGAUUCACCAGCGAAGAUGGGAAAAACCAAUGCAAAGCCGACACUUCAAAAUGGCGGAUGCCGUUCACGAACUACGCGAUCUUGAUUCCAAGUAACUAUGGUUACUCGCGCAGUCCACGCGAAUUCCGCGAACCUUGCUGGGGGGGCACUGGAGGCGAAAAUCAUUUUUGACCCAGGGCUUAAUUAACCUGAGUUCCUUAGCAUUAGAUCAACCUUAUAUUUAGAAGAAAGCAGUUAUGAAAAUUUAAUAGUUUUGUACCUCUCAAUUCAAAUAAGUUUUCUGAUUGAAGGAGAACAUGUCGCGAGCCGUGAAAAAAUACAAACUACACCAACUUUCUGGGGUGAACAAAAUUCACUAAGCCCUUAGGGAAACAACAACUCGAACUUUCGACUCUCACGUCAUAAGUUCGUGCACCGUGAAACUGCAGCGAAUGUGAAUGGCAGCCUGCGUAAAAAAAAAAUUUAGCAGUCAUUUUCGAGUUGGGAGGUAUGAUAAAACACUUUUGAAAAUUAAAAUCAAAGUGAAUAGCCCCACUGGAAACAGUGAGAAUUGCUUUCCUUUGACCCGCAGUAGAAACAAAACUUAUUGUUUGCCUUGGAGUUAGUUAGCCGCUUAAUUUAUCGACAUUGCCAGGUGUCUGCAUUAAAAUUGUCAGUAAGCGAAAGUAAACACCAUUAGUAGGGUAGCUAGAGUGCAAAAGAUGAGAAAAUAAUUAGAGCAUCGAAAGAAAUUUAUAUUUCUUAGCAUAUUGGCUUCGGUUAUUAGAUUUAACUAACACGGGUGAAAAACAGGAACACACAAAAACAUGUAUAGUACAACAGAUAUACCAACACACUGUGACUCAUAAACAUACAAGUUAGAAUGUGAGAAGGAAUUCUGUCAGUUUCAUCACUGAAGAAAGCUUUUAAUCUUGAAAUUACAUCCUGUAGCUCUUUUUCAUUGGGCGAAUUUAGCUUUGUUUGGUGGGAAAAAGUUGUUUUGUAUCCUGAAUGCGACUAAUUGAUACUCAUAAAAAAACCGGGUAGAGAAGAAAAGAAAUCCGGAUAAUAAAAAAAAUUCGAGUAAUUUAGGUUUGUUUCUAUUAAAGUUAAAUGCCCCCAUGCUUUACUCAAAUGUAAAGUACUUCGUGCAAAGCUGACUGAUGCAUAAUUUAUGUAUGGGUUCUCGAGCUGUUUCUAUUUAUUUUUUUAAUUAUUGUCUCAAGUUUCAUUAAAAUUGUGUGAAAAGUUGAUAAAAGAGUUUUUCAAUAGAAAAAUACGAGAGGAAUAUACUAGUUUAAAGGAGUAUCCAUCCAAUUCAUUAGAUUUGGAGAAAAUUGGUCAAUUUAAACUUCAAAAGAAAAUUGCUCUCUAACUUUGACAACAUUAUAAAUAAUGAAUACGUUUGAUUGAGAAGUAUAUAUACAAAAGACCUUUACUAGCGAAUAAACGUGAGAAGAAAAGUCGAGGAAAAGAAAAAAACGGAAGGUAAGCGUGCAAGCCAGCGGACAAGUUUUAAUCCUUCGCAGGGAAGACUCCUUUAUAUGACUUGAUAGUUUGAAAGGCGCUCGUAUUCUUUCGCCUAGUCAAUGAGAAACUCGAUGUAUUUACUUAAUAUCGGGCGGGUAACUUGUGCAAGCCAGCAGACAAGUUUUAAUCCUUAGCAGGAAGGAUUCCUUUAUAUGACAUAGUAAUUUAAAAAGCCCUCGCAUCCUUUCGCCGAGUCAGACAAAGAGUUUUGAACAGAACCCUUAAUUCAUAAAACUAUUUGUUGCGUCUAAGAAGAAAGGACGAAAUCCGUUAUCUGUUUUUAUUUCUUUCUUAAAUUACAGAAUGAGAGGACAUCUAGUUGGUUUCCAUUUCUGUCCCGUUCUGUUGAGUGGUGUUGCUUUGUUUCUUGUGGCUUUCAGUUCGUCUUUACACACUGACUUGAGCAGGGACGAGAUUUUCGAGAGAGUUGAAGGUAACACGUGAAUGUGUCAUUCCUUCCAAAAUUGUGAUAUUUUUUCCGACGGGAUGUGAAUGUGUCAGGUGCCAUGGGCAAAAAGUCGGAUCGGAUGACAGAUUUUGGCUGUCACGAUAAACUUUAUAUACAUAUACGCCUUCCAACACAGUGAUAUUUAAUUUCCGACGGGAUGUGAAGGUGUCAAGUACCAUGGGCGAAAACUCGGAUCGGAUGACACAGAUUUUGGUCGUUUCACGCUAAACUUCACAUAAUCCCAUCCCCCCCCCCCUAACAAGGCUCUGUAACAUUCUUACAAUCCCCCUCAUUGGUGGUAAACCUCUAUACUUCCCCCAUUGUACUCUGUUGGCCACAAUAGAAUCCGUGAAAAAAAAUAUAAAAUUCCCCAAAAUCGGGUAAAAACAACGGAAACUUUCUACGCUCAACUCGCAUAACUCUUAGAGGUUAUUCAUGUUCACCUUUGUACGAUAUCAAGAAUCAAGAUAACCUCUUAAGACAGGGUAAACAACUACACACAAACUGUAUUAUGAAAGUAUCCAAAGUAAACUGUAUGAUGAUAAUAUGAAACACGAUUGUGUUGUUUUUCCAGGAUUUGAGCUAAUUGGUCAUAUCACCAAGACAUUAUAUGUUGACGAAAUAAGCUGUGGAUUGAGAUGCCUUCAAGAUGAAAAAUGCCAAUCUUACAACAGUAAAUCCGAUACUGGUGAUGAAAAGAAGGAAUGUCAACUGAGUAAUCAAACCAAAAAAUCAAGUCCGGAAAACCUGAGGCGUAACCCAUGUUCUACUUAUUAUGGAAGAGGUACUGUUGAGUAAGGUGCUUAACAUUAUGGAAAAGUUAGUGGAGGUGGGUGGGGGGUAUUAAGGGUCGGAGUAUUUUGGUUGUCACCAUAAAAUUUUCCUGAUCCUUCCAUAACGUUCCGAAUUAUUCUAUCGAUCUUCCUCAUUGGCCGCCAAUUUUCUUUAGUCCCACCUUUAAACUCUGUUAGCGACGACUGAUCCCCUCUCCUUUCCCUUUGAUAACCAUGAGAUACCCCUCCUCCCCCCCCCCCCAAGACUCUCUCCCCCUCCCACCCCCUCUUUCCAAGCGAAAAAUGGUGACUUAAUUCUUACUUUUUUUUAAAUUUUAUUCUAUAUAUUAUACUUACAUAUGUACUUACACUAUACUUACUUCUUACACGAUGCUUACACUACAUUAACUUGCACUACUUACAAUACAUAUAUUACAAUACAUUUACACUGGUCAAAUUGAAUUACAGUUGAUCUGUCUACGUUAUUGUUUGCGUGUUAAUUGUUCGAGUCACUAAUAGGAAUUUUGUUUGUUAAUUACACUACAUAGGGUAUUAAUUUUCUAGAAUUUAAUAGAUUAUUAAAUGAAUAGGUAGCGAAAAGAAACAAAUCAAUAAACAAAAGUUGAGAAGAAUCAAAGUGCUCUGUGAGCAAACUCGUGAAUUGACACAUGAUUUUUUAGAUUAUGUUUAAUGUUAUCUGGUUAGGGAAUUUUGUGGUUGAUUGUCAUAUCCAGAGUACGAGCAGUAGUUCAGUGUUCGCUAAUGUAGCAAAGAAACAAAGUAACGUUGGGAUAAGAAGGCAUUACAAUUGAAAUGAUCAUGCUAUUACAUUUGACAAGGUGGAUGAUGUCAUGUGUUUUAAACGUCUAUCAUUUUUGUUUCCGGUUCAAAAGAAAAGGUUGGAAGUAAAUGUGGGUGAAAAUUGAAAUUUACUGUCUUUCGUUGUAAAUAUUAGAAAAUCAAGGCAAUACUGUGUUAAUGAAAACAUUAACGAUUCCCUCUUUAUCAAAUGAGACAAACGGGAACGAGUUCUGAGUGAUAUAACUAAGCCAAGCCUGCCACCGUCACUUUGGAUCUCCGCCUGGGUAGAUUUAAGUCACGUGCUAGGCAACGUAUAAUCAAUAACAAGAUAGAAUUUCAUUUCAGGCCUAUUUAUCAAUUUUGUGGUGUGUAACUUUCGCAUUUUAGUACGUUGUAUGUAUGUUGAAUCUUCAAAUUGUCUUGAAACUUAAAAGAAAAUUGUUCUUUAAAAAUUCGCUGAAAAUCGGUAGCUAAAAUUGUUUGUUUAGGUGUUAUUUGAUUUUCGUGUUAACUUGUUAUUUCGUCAGUCGCCGGCAUCUUUUGUUGCUUCACACAGGAAAAACACACGCGACGAAACGUAAUGAUCAAUUUUGUCCUUAAUCUCACGCUAAAACAGAAAAAGCUUUUGAACAUCUGUAAACUCCGAGCGCUUCGCAGUAAGUGAUAUUUUCAAUGAAUCUUCGGAUUGUUUUCAAGUUCAAGGAUUGAAAAUUACAAUUUUAUGAAAAACGAAGGUUGUUCUGUUAUUUCAGUGUGAAUCCUUGCAUGCCUGCCAGUCGCUGGCGCCGCUUUUUGAAACUAAAACGAAAAAAAAAACUCUUUUAAGAUUAUCAUUGGCUUCUUUUUCACCCCACCACUAUUUUUAGCAACAAAGGUCGCCAUUUCGUCUGUUUAUUGCUCGCCAAAAACUAUAAAAUGCACUCAAAAGCCUAGAAUCUAAGAAAAGUUUACGGGAAUCGACCAAUCGAGCGAGCGUAUGCCAUUCCUCACAUCGUAUCUAUAACUCGCUCUUGCGCAUGCGCGCAAUUCACGAGUUAAAAAGGACACAAAACAAUUUUACAAAGACAAAAAAUUUCCAUUUGUUCCUGAAUUCCUUCUCUUUAUUACGAGUGACUGCAAUAUAUUUUUCCAGAUUAAUUUUUUUCGCGCACAAGUGAGACAAUCAUCGAAUUGGUACGUUGUGGUAUUUAAAGCUGUAACAUAUAAGAAAUAUUUACCCAAAAUAAUGAGAUAGUAGAGGGCUAAACAGUAGGUGUGACAGCGAAUAAUUCCGAACAUAACCUCUAGUUCUGACAGCAGCAGUUUCGUAUUACUAGAGAUUGAGUACCACCCCUGGAAUCUAAUCCAAAAAGAACAUGCGUGCAUGCAGUUUAUAAACAAAUGCUACAGGGUCUGACACUCAGAAGGACAAAAGGGACAGGAGGGCGAGGCAACUUUUUUCAUUUUGCGUAACAAGCUAUUCGUUGGUAAAAUUCGGUGAAUUAUUUUGUAUUGGAACAUCGUCAAUUUAAUUUCUCUCGUAGCUUUGAAUGGUAGGAGGUAGAUCUUAGUCGAGUCACUUUUCUCGACGCCUGACGCUAUAAUAUUGUAAAAAGUUACAUUUUACAUUGAAUUUAUUGCAAAAAGAAUUAAAUGGAAGGAAAUGGCCCUCACAGGAGUCAAAAAGGUCCGAGAUUUGUUUUAUUCCUGCUUGAUACCAAUGAAGAAGGAAUACCAUUUUCUUAUUCACAAUUAAAAAUCGGUUAUUCCAGAUUGGCUGUGAGAGAACCUCACUUUUAUCUUUAGGUGUGGCUGUUGCGAUGUCCUGCCAGUAAAAAAUCAUUUGUUUUUGUAGAAAGCAGGAAGAUGGUUGUCAAGGAGAUUAUAAUCAUAAUUACAUUUAAACAGUUCUGUACCGCCAACAUUGGCUAGGAGCGAUUUUGGUAUGUACUGCCAUGGAGCAUCCGAGUUAGAGCAUAACCGUUUAACUUAAGCGCUUUGUCGAAGUGAGAAAAAUCCUUCAUGUCCAAGUCAUCAGCUGUUUUUUGCUUAAUAAGUGUAGUCUUUUUUUAUUUUGGCGGGUUUGUGAUUCCAAAUAAAGUCGAACAUGACAUAUUUCUUACUUCUGGUCAGCGUAUGUAUAACAUAGCAUCUAUAACCUUUCCCGAGAUAAUAUCAAGUUUAAAAUCUCUUGCUUUUCCUUUUAAUGAUAGGUUUCCCAUUUUCAUGUUCUUAGUUUGAAUUGAAAGAUGCUAUGGAUCCUACAAAAUUUCCAAAAUCAAAAGCUAUCUAAUAAUUACGCGAAAGGAAUUACUUAUGGAAUAAGACCUCUGUGGGGUGUUUUGUUCCUUAGUUUGAUCCUCUCCUCGAUCCAAAUGAUUAAUCUUCCCUUUUCCGAUGCAGAUAAACGAGGUCGGGAUUCUAAUCAUCCGGCCUUCUCCUGUAAGGAAAUUCUGGACACUGGACACUCCAAAGGCGACGGGGAGUAUUGGAUCGACCCUGAGAAGAGUGGAAACCCUUUGAAGGUCUAUUGUGACAUGUCAAGAUCUGGUGGUAAGAGAAUUAGUUUUUUUUUAGAGACACGAGGACUUUAACCGGAGUGUAUUUGACUUGAAGCAGUUGUUAUUGGAAUGUUCUGGUCUUGGCUAUUCGUAUUAUGUUUUUAAUCAAAACUAUGACAAAAUUCACGAACGUGAUUGGUUAUCACAAGCCGGCCGAUUUGAUAGUGUACGCGUCAUGCUUAUAAUUGGACGGUGUAAUAGGACAGAUUAAGGGACAGUUAACACGUUAUGCUUAUGGGAGUGGACAGAACGCGUCAUUUGCGCGCUUUUAUCUCACAUUUCGCCGAGUUAACUGUUGUUUUUUGUUUUUUAUGAAAACAUAUGUCUUGUUUUAUGAAAACCGAUGUCUAGUUUCUUUUUCAAAUUCUGUCAUAGUUUUGAUGAAUUGGUAACAGGACUUAUCGUCCAAUUCUGUCUGUAAUGAUACUCAUGACUUACAAAUCGGACUCCCGCUUCGCGGUCGUACUAUUUUGUUAAUCACUCGUAUGAUUUCAGACCGAACUGGACUCCACUCGGUCUUGUUACCAUUAUUAAUAUGCCCAAAAUUCUAUUCACAUAGAUGUCACCAGAUCAUCUAGGUUUGUUUUAUUUUAGGAGGUUGGCUUCUGGUGUCUAAUGUUGAGUUCGGAAGCCCCUCUCCUAAGGUGUCAGUUGAGACAUCAUACCGUGGAAUAGGUAAGUCACACAUGGUUCUGCAGAAAAGUGCCAUGAAAGAGCUCAGAAGACACUUGUCCUUCACUCAGUUGAGAUUCCACUGCCGCAAGAAACAGGGACGCACAUUCCACGUUGUCACAACUUCCAACAGCUCAGGUGAAGCUGUGGUCCAGUACUUCAGCGGUCAGACAGAUGAGCAACCGGAUGCCUGUGGUUCGUACGUGAGAUUGACGUGGGAUGACAAUUCCACGUUGGCUAGCAUUUGCAAAGAUUGGGGACUAGCAAAUGGAGAUUACCAUGUUGGAAAGUGGGGACAUAGUGAAGAUCAAAACAGAUUAUACCGGUUCCCUGCCUUCAGACAAUUUAAGUAUCACCUUCGGGUCCAAUUGAAUAACGUUGGUGACCUGAACGAGAUGGAUUGCGAUGAUAUGGCCUCUGAGAGUGUUACCUCAAUCGGCGAUUUCUGGAGAGUCUUUGUUCGUUAGUUGCGUUUAACCCAGAGCUGUCUGUACACCAAGCAACCCUUGACUAUGCAAAUAACUUUAACAAACGAACAAAUAAAAACAAAGACGAACACAAGAAAUGCACCGUUACCCCUCACCAGCUGUAGAUUGUAAAGACGUUUUAGCGCACAAAUAUCUAAUUAGGUCACAUGUCUGACGCUCGCUUCUUCCUUGUGGUAGGCUUACUGACAGUGCUCCACUGUUUUGAUCAUGUAGUUCUAGUUUUACAUACACCGGAUCCUAAAGGAGUCAAUGAGAUAAACACGGUUUUCUAUGUAGUAGUUUAUGUUGCUUUAUUUGUUUCCGAGAACAAUUUAGGUUCAAAGAGUCAGACUUUCCCUUUUGUUUGGUCACGGAAUAUGUAAAUAUACCGAUUUCCGCGUGAAUAUAAAUAAAUAUUAGGGCAAGGUGUUUUUUUUUAAGUCUGAUAAUUUGUUAUUUCAUUCAUUUCAAAGUCAAAUCGUUCAAGUUUUUGAGAGCACGAGGAACUUUGUCUGAAGUAUAAAGGGGGUAAGUUUUUAGAGAAACAGUGGUGCUGUGUCGGGGGGGGAGUAUGACAAAAUAAUUUGGCUUUAUCAACUGAAUCGAUCAUGUGAAUUGGCUACCACAAAGAGCUUAAACGCAGACGUUUCGAGUAUUAGAAUUAUGUCACAGCGGAAGACGAAGGGCUAACGCUCGAAACGCCAGCUUUUAAACUCUUUGUUUGAAAUGUGUUAAAAUUAGAGUUUUCCAACUCGAAUAAACGCGCCAUAGCAUCUCCUUCAUCGGUUUACUAGGCCUGUAUUUGUCCGAAAAAGCAAAUGAUAGUGAUUCUGGUCAAGUAAGUGGAAAAACUACUUGUCUGUAAAUUAUUAAUGUUACUGUAAGGACGUUUAGAUUACCAGUGGACAAGUUAAGCAACAUGUACGAGUUCUGAACAUAGUUCAGGUGAAACUCAGGCGAAAAUAUACAAGCAUAGUAUUCCGUUAGAGGAUGUGUGGCACUUGUUAUGAGCAACAAAGUUCCGUUUACAGCUACUGCGCAUGGCUUCGUGUUUGUACUCGUGAAUAAAAUACCCAGCCCUAAUUAAUAUGUUAAAAAUACUCCAGUAAUGUUGUAAAUCUAAUAUCAAGCACAACUGAAGGAUUCUUGGCUAUUGUGUUAACUGAUAUAAAAAUUACACGAGCAGGAUACAUACAUUAGGAAAAAAGGUGCAACUGAUAAUAGAAAUAUUUGUGCUAUAUUUAUACUUAUGGAUACUUCCAUUGCUUUAUUUAUAAAUUCCUAUUUUUUUCGCUGAGUAACAACGCAGAAUUCUUAAUGAAAAUACAUUUCUGUUAUACGCCGCUUCCUUCUUAAGAAAUGAGGAUUAUAACAAAUUAAAGGUUGCACAACUUGAUCGGUACUUGCGACUGUUCUUAAUUAGUUUGAUCUGUUAAAACUCCAAGCCAAGUAAUGCGGUCUGUUCGUUAUAAUUAUCACCUUAGAGCUCGCGACAAUCUUCUUUUACCUUUUGCACCCUAAGAUCAGUAUGCAUAUUCUCCAUAAUGUUCUCUGAACAUUUACUAAGGUGCUGACAUAGAUAAUUUGUCUAACAAUCAAGAGUUUCCGACUUUAGUUGGUGAUCAUUUCCUUUAUUCUCAUGACAUUAAUGUGUGAUUCAACGGUGAUAUUGUAAGGAGAAAUUAGAUGCUAGUCACUCUUAGGGGCUAAAGGGUUUAAGUGCUGCGGCAAGUUUUAUUACUUUUUUUCCCGACGGCUUUACAAAAUUUUUUGCAUGUUAGAACGAAUAUUCCCGAUCGUCCUUUUCCUUUCCAAAGCGCUUGGCGUGUUCGAAGUCUCUCAAGGAAGUGGUAAGCUAUUCGUUUAACAUUUUUCACCUAUAUUCCCUCAAGAGAGAGAAUGAAGAACAUCAUCCGGAUCCCCUCUUGGUUCUCUCAUUUACAGAACAUGAUCCUCUCAUGAAUCCUUCUAUAACCUAAAACCUCGAAUGAGUUAUAAUGUUACUGCAUUAGAUUAGUUUUCCGACACUGUAGAUCACACUUUAUGUCAGUUUAGGCUUUCAUGUGUUAGACAAAUCUGACAUUUUAUGAAUCAGUUUAGUGUUUCGUGGUUCUGUAAAUGAAAAAGUUAGCGUAAACUGACUAUAGUCACAAAUAUCAAAACUCCAACUUCUAUAACAACCUGUGUUCUUGAUAGCAACGAAAAAGUGAUCUGUACUGACUAUAGUUUGAAAGCCCUUCGUGAAAGCUUGAGUUUGGCUUUAAGAAUUUCUCAAAGUUUCUGUAUUCUCUUUGUACUGUCGUCUCCUUUUUUCGCCGUUUUCAGCUCAUGAGAUAAAGCUCAAUUGUUUGUGUUAAGGGAUCGAAUGAGACGAGGGAUGUUAAGGUCAAAGAUUCCGAAGUAUAAAAUAAUUCAGGGUAAUCCUCGGGUAUUUUUAUCAUAAAUCAGAGAUUGGGGAUAUCAUUCAACGAAACUCAGGUUUGUAAGCACAGGACAGGUGAUGAGAACGACGAAUGUCGACAAAGAAAUGUUUCAUUUACCAUAAAAUCUUUAAAGUAACACUCUAAAAAUAACAUCAUUAAAACAAUUAGGCAUCAAAGGCGUACCAUUUUCAAUUUUGCUUCCUAUACAUUUAUUAUCACCAGAUGAAUGUCACACGCUACUGUUUGAAUUCUCAGUCGAAGGAAGCGCCUUGGUUGUCGAUCACGUAAUCAGCGUACAUGUGUCAGAAUCGUCAGAGGAUUGUGAAUUAAAGUGUUAUUUAGAGGAUGAUUAUAUGUCGAUCAACAUCGAACCAAUGGGUGAUGGAACAUAUAACUAUGAAUUGAGUGACUCAGACCAUGUUUUACCUUCUCGAGAUCUCGAAGGAAAGGUAGUUUAUUGGUGCUAAAAGCAUAGUAUAAUUCUUGACUCGUCUAAAGCUCCUAAACGCGAUAUAUAUCAAAUGCUUGACUCAAAUAGAUUUUUUGAUUGGAGCGCUGUACAUGUCGCUAGCCGCGAAUCAAAAUGCAUUAACUUUCUAGGGUAAACAAAAUUCAGUAAGCCCCUAGGGAAACAACGACUUGACUUUCGACUCUCACGCGAUAAGGUCGUUCACCGUGAAACCGCAGCAAAUGUGUGUGCCAGCCUGCCUAUAAAAAAUAAUUUUUUUGCAGUCAUUUUCGAGUUGGGGUGUAUGAGAAAACAAUUCAAAAAGUUAAAAUUAAAGUGACUGGCCCCACGGGAAACAGUGAGGAUUGCCUUGUCUUGCCCGGCAAGGGCAACAAAACUCAUUGUUUCCCUUGAAGUCGGUCAUUAGCUACUUAUUUUAUCAACUUUGCCAGGUGUCUCCAUCAGAAUUUUCUAGAGGCGAAAGUAAACAAAAUUUGUAGUGUAGCUAGAGUACAAAAGAUGAGAAAAUAAUUAGAGCAUCAAAAGAAAUAAAUGUUUCUUAGCAUAUUGCCUUCGGUUAUCAGAUUUAACUUGCACGAGUCCAAAAUAGGAACAUAGAAAUACAUGUAUGGUACAGCAGAUAUACCUACAAAUUGUGACUCAUUAAUGUACGAGUUAGAACGUGAGAGGAAAUUCUAUCAGUUUUCAUCUCUCUCUGUUGAAAUUAAAUCCUGCAGCUCUUUUUCAUUAGGCAAAGUUAGCUUUGUUUGGUGGGAAAAAGUUGUUAUGUAUCCCGAAUGCGACUAAUUGAUACUCAUAAAAAACCGGGUGCAAGGGAAAAGAAAUCCGGACAAUAAAGAAAAAUCCAAAUAAUCGAGGUUUGUUUUUAUUAAAGUUAAAUGCCCCCACGCUUUAUUCGGAUGUAAAGAAACGCUAACUCGAUUCGUGAUCAGUACUUCGUGCAGAACUAACUCAAAUGCUUGAUUUACGUAAGGAGUUCUCAAGCUGUUUCUAUUCAUUUCUUUUAAGCACUGUCUCAAGUUUCAUUAAAAAUGUAUGAAAAGUAGAUAAGAGAUUUUUUUAAUAGAAAAAUACGAGAGGAUUGGAAAGAAACUAAGGGUAAGAAUAUACUGGUUUCAAGGAGUAACCAAGUCAUUAGAUUUGGAGAAAACUGGUUAAUUUAAACUUUAAAAGAAGAUUCCUGUCUAACUUUGAUAACAACAUUAAUCUUGAAUAAUCAGCCGCUUCGAUAAACACGUUUGAGUGAGAAGUAUAUAUACAAAAGACCUUGACUACCGCAUAAACGUGAGAAGAAAAGUCGAAGAAAAGUAGGAAACGGAAGGUAAGUGUGCAAGUCAGAGGACAAGUUUUAAUCCUUCGCAGGGAAGAUUCCUUUAUAUGACUUGAUAGUUUAAAAGGUGCUCGUCUUCUUUCGCUAAAAGUCAGACAAAGUAUAAUUAACAAAACCCUAAUAUUAUAAAACUAUUUGUUGCAUCUAAGAAGGGAGAAGGGCAACUACUUUGGUCAUCUGUUUUUCUUUCUUUCUCAAAUUACAGGAUGAGAGGGCUUCUAGUUGGUUUCCAUUUCUGUCCCGUUCUGUUGAGUGGUGUUGCUGUAUUUCUUGUGGCUUUCAGUUCGUCUUUGCACACUGACUUGAGCAGGGACGAGGUUUUCGAGAGAGUUGAAGGUAACACGUGAAUGUUUUAUACCUCCCAACACAAUGGUUUAUUUUCCGACGGGAUGUAAAUGUUUCAAGUGCCAUGGGCGAAAAGUCGGAUGACACAGAUUUUGGCUGUUUGACAUGUUCCCUUCCCCCCCUCCCCAUAAGGCUCUGUAACAUUCUUAGAAUCCCCCUCACUGGCAUUCAAUUUCCAUUCUUCCCGCUUUAUACUCUGUUGGGCCUUGGGGUCGGAUAAAAACAACUGAAACUUUCUACGCUCAACUCUCGUAACUCUUAGGGCUUCUUCAUAUUCACCUUUGUACGAUAUCAAGAAUCAAGAUAACCUCUUAAAACAGGGUGAACAACUACACACAAACUGUAUUAUUUAAGUAUCCAAAAUAAACUUUUAUUCUGAUGAUAAUAUGAAACACGAUUAUGUUGUUUUUCCAGGAUUUGAGCUAACUGGUCACAUCACCAAGACAUUAUACGCUGACGAAAUAAGCUGUGGGUUGAGAUGCCUUCAAGAUGAAAAAUGCCAAUCUUACAACAGCAAGUCCGAUGCUAAUGAUGCAAAGAAGGAAUGUCAACUGAGUAAUCAAACCAAAAAAUCAAGUCCGGAAAACUUGAGGCGUAACCCACGUUCUACUUAUUAUGGAAGAGGUAUUGUUGAGUAAGGUGCUUAACCUCAAGGACAAGUAACAUUUUUAUCACCUGGGUGAAGGGGAAGGGGAGGGGGGGGAAAGGGUUGGAGUAUUUUGGUUGUCACAAUAUAAUUUACCAAAUCCCUCCAUAAGAUUAAUUCCAGAUCGUUCUAUCGAUCUUCAUCAUUGGCAGUUAAUCUUCUUUGGUCCCACCUUUAAACUAAGAUGCUAUGGAUCCUACAAAGAUUUCCAAAAUCAAGAGCUAUUUAAUGAUUGCGCGAAAGGACAAAAAGCUACGUGAUUUGUUUUUUUCCAAGUUCCAAGUUUAAUCCUCUCCUCGUUCCAAAUGAUCAUUCUUCUCUCUUCCGAUCCAGAUAAACGAGGUUGGGAUCCUGCUUACCCGGCCUUCUCCUGUAAGGAAAUUCUACACUCUGGACACUCUAAAGGAGACGGGGAGUAUUGGAUCGACCCUGAGAAGAGUGGAAACCCUUUGAAGGUCUAUUGUGACAUGUCAAGAUAUGGUGGUGAGUGACUAAGACACGAGGACUUUAACCGGAGUAUAUUUGACUAUGACUUUGCUAUUGGAACAUUCUGGUCUUGGCUAUUCGUGCUUUCUCUACAAAGAUCCUUAUUAUGUUUUUUUAAUCGAAACUAUAACAAAAUUCUCGAACUUGAUUGGUUAUCACCAGCCGGCCGAUUUGAGAACUAAUAGGGCAGUAUACGCGUCAUGCUUGUAAUUGGACAGUGUAAUAGGACAGUUAAAGGGACAGCUAACAGGUCAUGCCUGUGUGAGUGGACGGAACGCGUCAGUGCGCGCGCUGUUGUCUCGAAUUUCGAUGAGUUCACUGUUGUAUUUUGUUUUUUAUGAAAACGUAUAACCGAUGUCCAGUUUCUUUCUCAAAUUUUGUCAUAGGUUUGAUUAAUUGGUAACAGGACUUCGUGUCGUCCAAUUCUGUUUGUAAUCAUACUCGUGAUUAACAAAUCAGACUCCUGCUUUGCAGUCGUACGAUUUUGUUAAUCACUCGCAUGAUUACAGACUGAAUUGGACUCCACUCGGUCCUGUUACCAUUAUUAAUAUGUCAAAAAUUUUAGUAACAUGAAUGUCGCCAAAUCAUUUAGGUUUAUUUUAUUUUAGGAGGUUGGCUUCUGGUGUCAAAUGUUGAGUUCGGAAGCUUCUCUCCUAAGGUGUCAGUUGAGACAUCAUACCGUGGAAUAGGUAAGUCACACAUGGUUUUGCAGAAAAGUGCCAUGAAAGAGCUCAGGAGACACUUAUCCUUCACUCAGUUGAGAUUCCACUGCCGCAAGAAACAGGGACGCACAUUCCACGUAGUCACAGCUUCCAAUAGCUCUGGUGAAGCUGUGGUCCAGUACUUCAGCGGUCAGACAGAUGAGCAACCGGAAGCCUGUGGUUCGUUUAUAAGAUUAACGUGGGAUGACAAUUCCAAGUUAGCUGGCAUUUGCAGAGAUUGGGGUCGACUAGCAAGUGGAGCGUACUAUGUUGGAAAGUGGGGACAUGGUGAAGGUCAAAACAGGGUAUACUUGUACCCCGCCUUUGGACAGUAUAAGUAUCACCUUAGGGUCUACUUAAAUAGCGACAACGACAUUGAUUGCGAUGAUAUAGCCUCUCAGAGUGUUAACUCAAUCGGCGAUUUCUGGAGAGUCUUUGUUCGUUAG